AUGCACUACUCAUAUUCAUCACUGUCCACCGGCGCUGGGAUCGAUCAGCACAAUCGCUGUCUCGGCAACAGAGCCUGGUGUGUUAAGGAUAUUUGCGGUAUUGUGUGCGUGAUAAUGACAUGGCUGCUCAUACUGUUUGCGGAGUUUGUUGUGUGUGGUCUGAUACUGUUGCCCAACUACAACAUUAAUACCAUAUUUAGUACCAUCAAUAUGUUAAUAUUCCAAGCGCUUGCAUUCCUAGCAUUCGUUUCCCAUUUGCGCACAAUGCUCUCCGAUCCGGGCGCUGUACCUAGGGGAAAUGCCACCAAGGAGAUGAUUGAGCAGAUGGGUUAUCGUGAGGGCCAGAUGUUCUACAAAUGCCCGAAGUGUUGCAGUAUUAAGCCGGAUCGUGCGCAUCAUUGCUCCGUGUGCCAGCGCUGCAUACGUAAGAUGGAUCACCACUGUCCGUGGGUUAACAAUUGCGUUGGCGAGAACAAUCAAAAAUAUUUCGUGCUCUUUACGUUUUAUAUAGCAUCGAUAUCGGUUCACACGCUCUUUCUGGUGAUGACACAGUUUGCCGAGUGCGUGAAGAGCGAUUGGCGCACCUGCUCGCCGUACUCUCCGCCAGCUACGAUAUUUUUAUUGCUCUUUCUGACGUUCGAGGGUUUGAUGUUUGGUAUAUUCACGAUUAUAAUGUUGGCCACACAACUGAAUGCCAUACUGAACGAUCAAACGGGCAUUGAGCAACUGAAGAAGGAAGAGGCGCGUUGGACCAAGAAGUCGCGGCUUAAGAGUAUACAAUCCGUAUUCGGACGCUUCUCGCUAGCCUGGUUCUCACCCUUUACGGAACCAUCAUGUCGCCACAAAUUCAACUCGCAUUUCUACUCGGUGUGAGGUGUGGCUGCAGUAAGAACUAAGCUCAUGUUACUUAGCUUAAACGAACAAUCUGAAUGUACAAGUCCCGCUGCCCACUUGUUGAUCUUUGCAGUGCAAAAUCAAUGAUCAAAUUUAAUCAAUUUGAUGUGUCUGCGUAUAUACAUACAUACAUAAAUAUAAUUAAGCCUAACAUACUUUGGACUAUAAUAUCGCCUUUCAGGUGCCUAUUCAGGUGCAAUAUGCAAUAUACUUACUAAUUAAUAACUAACUAUUUAAUUGAGCGCAAGAGAUUUUUACUUUGUAAACACCUGGAGUGGAGAGUGUCUAUUUAUUUUGUAUAAAAAAAUAAACGUUCCAAUGAGAAACAA